AAAGGCCAAAAGCUAACUACGACGACGACGACGAAGAUUUUCCUAGCUUUUUCUUCUCUCGUUCGGACUUUUCUCUCUUUCGUUCAGUUUCGUUCUUUCCUUUUUCUUUGUCGUCUUUAUUUUUCUGGAAAAGUUUCUGCCGAGAAAGUGCGUGAAAAUGUAGUAUUUUUCUUUACUUUACCUUGGCGUGAAAAAGAUGCUAAUUAGAUUGGUUUUCAAUGAACGAUGUGGGACAAACGAGUUCCUGUUUUCGCUCUGUUGUUCUUGGGUUUUGAAUAAUCUGACCCCUGAGACUUGUAUAUUUUCUCUUUCAUUUUCCCGGGAAAAUUUGUUCCAACUAUACCUCCUCGUGAAAAACUCUCGUCCGGAUAUCUUUGAAUUUAGUUCUCCAGUCUCUUUCAAUGGCGCAAACAGAAGAGGGUCAAAACAUAGCAAGUCAGCAACAGUACGUUUCCAUUCCAAUGAACAAUUUUUCUACAGAUCUAUUACAGAGACUCGUUGCAAGAAAUCAUUUCUCGGAAAAAACCCAAGACCAGAAUGAGGAUUCAGACGAGAUUGAGCUAAGCCUUGGGCUUUCAUUAAACGGUCGAUUUGGGGUUGACCCAAGAGCCAUAAACAAGCUCUCACUAAAACGCUCGUCUUCAAUAUCGGACUUCACACCACAGCCCGCCGGAGUAGACGCCACGUACCGUCACAUGACUCAACCGGCGGGGUGCCCGGCCCCGCUUAUGAGGACUUGUUCUCUUCCGAUGGAGACAGAAGAAGAGUGGCGGAGGAGGAAGGAAUUGCAGAUGUUGAGGAGGAUGGAGGCGAAGAGAAAGCGGUCCGUAAAGCAGAGAAACUAUAAGGCAGCGAGAGAUCGGGGCCGAGCAACGACGGAUGAGAAUGGCAGCGAGGAGGAUAGGAAAGGCGUAAAUGGGAUACGUCAAAACCAAGAGCAGAGCUUGAAGAUUGCGGAUGAGUUAUCGUCCAUGGCGAUUCCGGCAUGGGUUGCCGGAGGCAGAGGGAGUGGUGGGCUGGAAAUGAGUGGUGAUAAAGGCGAUGGCGUAGUUGUCAAUGGAGACUUGGAUAAGCCUAAGCUUCCACUUCAACCAUCGUUUCAAGGGUCAGUUACUUCUCAUGGGAGCGGUUCUUCAGGGAUUACUGAAUCUAUUAGUCCCUCUGGUCAAGGAGGAAUGAGCAAAUGCCCAGAAGUAGUGAGCCCUCCUGCUGCUGCUGCUGCUGCUGUUCAGCCCCUCCCCCAGAGCGAGCCGAAACCGGCGGCGAUUCCUCGACCAAUAACCAGAGAAAAAUCAAGUAGUCAUUCCACAAAGCCUCCAUUUUCCAAUAAUGGAGCUAAAGAAAUGGUGAGGAAUGUAAUGGAGGAUAUGCCUUGUGUGUCUACAACAGGAGUUGGACCCAAUGGGAAAAGAAUAGAGGGAUUUCUAUACAGAUAUAGCAAAGGUGAAGAAGUGAGAAUUGUGUGUGUUUGUCAUGGUAGCUUUCUGUCUCCAGCUGAGUUUGUUAAACAUGCCGGUGGUGGUGACACAGAUCACCCUCUCAAGCAUAUAGUUGUUAAUCCCACUUCUUUUUUGUAGCACAAAUUUUCAUCUGUUGAAUUGAAACACUUUCCAAUUGAAUUUAAUUUUUAUUUGGAUGGAA